AUGGCUGGUAUGGCAGUCACGACUAACGAAUCUGUACUGCUGUUUUCAGGACGUGGUAAUAAUGGAAGUACUUUGGUUGCAGACUCAUGGCUGGUCCAUGUAGACUCAUCAAAAAAAACCAUUUCAUAUGUAUCGAUUCCAUUCGACUCUGCCAACCCACCAUCACUAUCCGAUACUAAAUCCAAUUUACCAACUUUAAGAGAUUCUCCUAGUGUCGUGUCUGAUUCCAGUGGAAACAUUGUCAUGUUUGGUGGCAGAUCUGGACUAGCAACAUCACCCAUCGAUUCAAAUAUACAUGUAUUUUCUGGUAACUCGUGGAUUGACUCGAAACAGUUUGUUCCUGGUCAGCCUGCCACAAGUAUCAGUAAUCCUGCUACUGGAACCACACCCGAUGGAUCUGAUAGAUCAAAUACAUCUGCCAACGGUACUGACCCUUCAAGUAAUGGAACCAAUACGAAUGCUAAUUCAGAACAGCCAUCUUGGAUCACAACCAACACCAUCACCAUUCUUGUAGUGUUGGCAUGUUGUGCCGUGGCAGUAGCAGCUAUAUUUGGUGCAGUCUAUGUAUACCGCGCUCGUAAGCGUAAUCAGCGAGCUUUGAUUCCAAUUCACCCGAUAGUUGCUUUGGCUUCAUCGCCUACGGAUCCACCAAAUGCGUAUUCUUUUGAAAAUCGACAAUCUGAAACCUCAUUGUCAAAUAUACACCAUUCAGGACUAGAACAAAACACAACUGACGCUGGGUAUACGCCAUUAAAACGUCCUGAUGUAUAUACGAUUCCGACGCAAUCUUUAAUGGUGCCAUUUGCCACUGCCAUGCAAACUACUCGGCAUAAUGUCUAUACACUUCCAUAUUUGAUCACCCUUGAUAUGGUCUUUAAUUUGAAAAGUUCUUUGUUAAUUAAUAAAGGUUUCAAUUGUUUUAAUGGGAUUCUGUUUGUCAACUUUAAACGAUUCCAUAAAUGCAAUGUUUUAAAUUCAGCUGAUUCAUAUACACGAAAAUUGGAUUAG